UUAAACGUCACGCAGUCUAAACGUAAACAAAUACGUGGUUCGGUUCGCGUCGUGUUCCGCAGAUUUUUGGAUCAUUUUCGGCAAAUUUCACUGUUUUUAGGAAGUGAAUAUUAUUCAACAUAUUUAAUACUAAAAUUCAACAAAAUGGGCAAACUUUUCUUAGUACUUUUACCCCUGCUGAUGUUUAUUUUUCAGCAUAUAAAAGCAGAAUUCACUGCAAAAGACUGCCGGGACCUAGGAUUCAUUAAAUCCCAACUGUACUGUUCGUCGUGUGAUACCCUUGGCGAAUAUGGUCUGGAUGAGUUGAAGGAUCAUUGCCGGGAAUGCUGCCAAAAGGAUGUCGAGAGCACCGGAAAGCUAAUGGUUUAUCCAAAAGCAGUUCUGGAAGUUUGUACUUGCAAGUUUGGGGCUUAUCCUCAGAUCCAAGCCUUCAUCAAGAGCGAUCGACCGCAAAAGUUCCCCAAUUUGACGAUCAAAUAUGUUCGUGGCUUAGAUCCGAUAGUUAAACUGAUGGAUGAAGCCGGUAACGUAAAGGAAACGUUGUCGAUUACCAAAUGGAACACCGAUACGGUGCAGGAAUUUUUCGAAACGCGGUUAACUAAAGUAGCUGACGACAAUGACUAUCUCUUAACGAACAGGGUGCAAUCACUGCACGUGUAAUGGUUCAUAUUAUUCGCCUAAAUAUACCUAGAAGAGAUUCUCAAAA